AUGCCCCGGCUCCGCAGGCUGUGCCGGGGCAGCGGGCGAGCCCUGGCGCUCAUCUCCGCCGCCUCCGUCCUCUGGCUGCUCUUUGACAUGGCAGCCCUCCGGCUCUCCUUCAGCGAGAUCCACACCCGGGCCCUGAAGGAGGAGAUGCUGGGGGAGGAGAGGGCCGGAGGGGGGCCCGAGCAUCCCCCUGGGAGGGCCAGGGUGGGACCCAAACUCGCCCCCGGAGGACUGGGAAGGGACCCCAACCUUGAGGGGCACAAGGGCGAGGGGGCUGAACUGGACGACGAAAGGGAAAGGCAGAAAAGAGGCCAGGGGAGGAGGGCCGCCUCUCCACCCACCCCAAAGGAAAGCUUUGUGCUGCACAGGGUGAUCCCAUUGAAACUCUGGAGCCCCCAGCCCUCUACUCCCAGGGCGGAGAAGGCGAAGGGGGAUCUUGACCAGGAAGUCAGCUCCACCCGCCCCCUAGGCACCAAACAGGCUCUUCCUGGGGGGGCUCAGCAGACCCAGUCGGCAGCUGCCGUGGGCCGCCGGUUGGUCCCUUUAACGCACAGUGCUGCUACUGUCGGCGUCCAGGUCACUCCGAAAGCGCACGGGCAGUUACCUGAGGAGUCCCCGGGAAGAAAGCCGGUUCUGUUCAAAGUUGGAUCGGUGGAUAAAGGAUCUUUGGCUGGGCUCAAGCAGGAGCUGCCAACUGGAAGCGAACCUGAGAAAUCUCGGGCCGGGCCCCCGAAACGGAGAACGCCGGUCUUCUCGGUAAAUGAGACCGGAGUGAAAGAAAAAAUCAGAAAUGUUCCCAACGUAACAGAGAGCUUGGGUUUACCUGUCAAAGAGCCCGCCUCUACGGAAAAAGCGGAGAAACAGACAGCAUCAGCAAAUGUAACAGGCCCUGGGCAACAACCCAAAGAGGAUGUGAAAAAGCAAGUUCUUUCUUCGGAAGACCAAGUGGUCUUUAUCAGCAAGGAGGGAGCGCAGACUCCCUCCAAGCAGAACCUCCAAGCAGAUGCCGGAAGAAAUGUUACUAAUGGACCGAUAGGAAAGAAUACACCAGUUAGGGACAGCAAAAGCAAAAUGCCUCUGAAGGAGCGCAACAUCACCAAAGCGGCCUCUCCUAGACAAACAAUUCUGGUUGGAGCCAUAGCGCUUGGGAAAGCUCACAAAGUCAACGUGGCCGACAAGGACCAAUUGCAGAAAAUCAGUCCAAGUGACAGUGGGAUCCCUUUAGCAGAUGGUCCUCGGAUGCACAAAGUGUUAACCAUUGACAGGACGAUUGCCCCAAGGGACCCCAAAGCAGUGGGGCAGUUUGGGCGCCCUGCUGUGGUCCCGAGUGAUAAGCAAGAGGAAGCAAAGAGGAGAUGGAACGAAGGGAACUUCAACGUUUAUCUCAGUGACUUGAUCCCAGUGGACCGAGCCAUCGAUGACACAAGGCCUCCUGGAUGUUCAGAUCUUCUCGUUCACAAUGACCUUCCCACCACCAGCAUUAUUAUGUGUUUUGUGGACGAAGUGUGGUCCACUCUCCUUCGUUCUGUUCACAGCAUCUUCAACCGGUCCCCUCCUCAAUUUGUUAAAGAGAUUAUUUUGGUGGACGACUUCAGCACAAAAGCUUACCUCAAGGAUAAGUUAGACCAAUACAUGUCGAAGUUUCCCAAAGUUCGUGUCCUUCAUCUCAAAGAAAGGCAUGGUUUAAUACGAGCAAGGCUGGCUGGAGCAGAAAUUGCUAAAGGCGAUGUGCUGACGUUCUUAGAUUCGCAUGUAGAAUGCAAUGUCGGGUGGCUGGAGCCACUGCUGGACAGAAUCUAUUUGAACAGGAAGAAAGUUGCCUGUCCUGUUAUUGAAGUCAUCAGUGACAAAGACAUGAGCUAUAUGACUGUGGAUAGUUUUCAACGUGGCAUUUUUACAUGGCCAAUGAAUUUUGGGUGGAAGCCAAUUCCUCCAGGUGUAAUUAAGAAAAACAAGAUUAAGGACACUGAUGUAAUUCGGUGCCCUGUAAUGGCAGGUGGGUUAUUUUCCAUUGAUAAGAAAUAUUUCUUUGAACUUGGAACGUAUGAUCCUGGCCUUGAUGUUUGGGGAGGUGAAAACAUGGAGAUUUCAUUCAAGGUUUGGAUGUGCGGAGGUGAAAUCGAAAUCAUCCCAUGUUCCAGAGUAGGCCAUAUAUUCAGGAACGAUAACCCCUACUCCUUCCCCAAGGACCGUGUUACCACUGUGGAGCGGAAUUUAGCUCGGGUUGCUGAGGUUUGGAUGGAUGAAUACAAAGAUCUCUUUUAUGGACAUGGGUACCACCUCAUCCAGAAAAACCUGAAUGUUGGAAACUUGGCUCAGCAGAUAGAACUGAGGAAACAGCUUCAGUGCAAAAGCUUCAAGUGGUACCUGGAAAACGUCUACCCUGACAUUGAGGCACCCCUUGUUAAAGCCAGUGGCCUGAUUGUUAACGUAGCAUUGGCAAAGUGCAUCACUGUGCAUGAAUCUAAUCUGGCCUUUGAAACCUGUGACGUUAACAACGAGAACCAGAAGUUUAACUACACUUGGCUGAGGCUGAUUCAGCAAGGAGGCCUCUGCGUGGCACUGACUGAUGCUAAAGGGACUCUGGGCCUGCACCCUUGCGAUAAAAGAAACAAUACUCUAAAAUGGCUGCAUAAAUCACUGGUCGCUUUUCAUCCAGAACUGAUGAAUCACAUUGUUCUAGAACACCUUCCGCAGACCACAUGCUUAGAAGUGGAUCCAUCUCAGAAAGCCCUAAGGGUAAACAUUUGUUCCGCCUCCAAUCCUUAUCAGAAGUGGCAGUUCGGAAAUUAUUAUGCUGACUGAAGAGAAACGCAAGCAAACCAGACAUGGG